AUGGUGGCCAGCCUCAUCUUCAUCGUCCUGCUCCGCUUCCUGGCGGGGAUCAUGGUCUGGGUGAUGAUCGUGAUGGUGAUCCUGGUGCUGGGCUACGGGAUCUUCCACUGUUACAUGGAAUACGCAAAACUCAAAGGGGAAGCGGGUUCUGACGUCUCCCUGAAGGACCUGGGCUUCCAGACAGACCUCCGUGUCUACCUCCACCUGCGGCAGACGUGGCUGGCGUUCAUGAUCAUCCUCUGCAUCGUGGAGGUGGUGAUCGCCCUCCCGUCACCGCGGGGACUUUGACUGGGUUUUAACCACCGUCUCGGCAGGGCUGUUGGUCACAUCAUGAUGUCGCUGCUCUUCCCCUUGUGCACCUUCUUCCUGCUGUGCCUCUGCAUCGCCUACUGGGCCAGCACCGCCGUGUUCCUCUCCACCUCCAACGAGGCGGUCUACAAGGUGUUCAACGAGAGCGCGUGCCCGUUUUCCGGGCAGACCUGCAAACCGGAGGCCUUCGCUUCGUACUACUGGGCCUUCAAGAAACCCGACGACAUGCCCGCCUUCCCCCUCUUCUCUGCCUUCGGCCGCGCCCUCCGGUACCACACCGGCUCGCUCGCCUUCGGCGCUCUGAUCCUCGCCAUCGUCCAAGUCAUCAGGGUCACCCUGGAGUACCUGGACCACAGGUUAAAAGGAAUCCUUGCCUUCUUCUUCUUCACCCAGCGGAUAAAGCUGGUCCAAGACACAGCGCCGUCCCUGAAUUACUACUGGGUCCCUAUUCUGACGGUGAUCGUGGGCUCCUACCUCAUCGCCCACGGGUUCUUCAGCGUGUAUGGCAUGUGCGUGGACACCCUCUUCCUCUGCUUCU